AUGCCUUUGUUGUUCAUAUUUUGCAACUUGCGGAAAAGCGGUUCCUUUUAUGUGUUAGCUUCUGUUCCUCUGUUGUUACUACAUUCUGCUACCCUUCGCUCUCUUGGCCGCGUUACUUCUAUUCUACGGCACCGUUUCAUUUGGGGCUGGGCACGGAUUCUGUUUUUUAAUACACCAGAUUUGGGGUUCCUUCAUGGGCAUGCAUUUCGCGUUUCAUCAGGUUCAGGGUUGGAUUUGGAUCAAUGGGUAUCUAUAAAGUCUGGAACUUUGAAUGGAUAUAACGGAAGUUUCAAUUUUGCACCAUGUGGGGAUGGUGCUAGUUGCGAUAUGGAUUCUCUCUGCAUUCAAUUGGUGCCACUCGGUUUUGAUGAUGUGGAUAAGAAGAAUAUUAAAAAUGGGGGGCCUGGUAAAGGAAUCGUUAUGUGGGUUCAUGAGCGUUAUGUUACGAGGCUGCGGAAGAAGUUGCAGUAUGAGGAGAGGAAGCAAGCUUAUCAAAGAAGGGUGCUUUCAGAUUCUGAAACAGUCCGGUGGUUGAACCAUGCAGUUGAAAACAUAUGGCCCAUAUGUAUGGAGCAGAUUGCCUCCCAGAAGAUAUUAUUCCCUAUCAUACCAUGGUUCUUGGAGAAGUACAAACCUUGGACUGCUAAGGAAGCUGUUUUUCAGCACCUAUACCUGGGAAGAAACCCACCUAUGUUUACUGAGAUUAGGGUUCUUCGCCAGAGUGAGGAUGACCACUUGGUUCUGGAGUUAGGUAUGAAUUUUCUUACGGCUGAUGAUAUGAGUGCUAUACUUGCUGUCAAACUAAGAAAAAGAUUUGGGUUUGGAAUGUGGGCAAAACUGCACAUUACAGGAAUGCAUGUGGAAGGGAAGAUCUUAGUUGGGGUAAAGUUUCUCCCAACAUGGCCUUUUCUUGGCCGUUUACGCAUAUGCUUUGUUGAGCCUCCAUAUUUUCAAAUGACUGUCAAACCUAUGUUUACUCAUGGGCUUGAUGUGACUGAACUUCCAGGCAUUGCUGGGUGGCUGGAUAAGUUGCUGUCUAUUGCUUUUGAACAGACGCUUGUUGAGCCCAAUAUGCUGGUUGUUGAUGUCGAGAAAUUUGUUUCACCAGAACCAGAGUGUUGGUUCUCUGUGGAUGAGAAGGAGCCUGUUGCUUAUGCAAAAAUAGAAGUUAUUGAAGCCUCUAACAUGAAGCCAUCAGAUCUAAAUGGAUUAGCGGAUCCUUAUGUGAAAGGUCAUAUGGGUGUAUACAGAUUUAGGACAAAGAUACAAAGGAAAACGCUCACUCCAAAAUGGCAUGAGGAAUUUAAAAUUCCCAUCAUAUCCUGGGAGUCUGACAAUGUGCUGGUUAUUGCUGUUCGUGACAAGGACCAUUUCUAUGAUGAUAUCCUUGGGGACUGUUCUGUAAACAUCAACGAGUUUAAGGAUGGGCAAAGACACGAUAUGUGGCUGGAACUUGAGAACAUGAAAAUGGGGAGGCUGCGGUUGGCAAUAACUAUUCUUGAAGGAAAUAAGGGAGUUGAUACUGCAUUUUACCAGGAAACAAUGGACUUUGAUGUACAAAAAAGCUCAUUUGAAUCAAAUGAGACUUCUGAUAAUAGUUCCUUCUCAUCUGUUCCACCUGGAAAAUCUCAGAAGUUGGCAGAUAACUACGAGCCUAUAAACAUCGAAGGGCAAAAGGAACCAGGAGUUUGGGUUCAUCACCCAGGAAGUGAAGUUUCCCAAAGGUGGAAGCCUAGGAAAGGGAAGAGUCGGCGCCUUGAUACUGAAAUUCAUGGAGAACCUAAUGAUUUAGUUGGCGGUGGUAGUUCAACCGUAUCUCGAUCCUUGAACAAUGACAGCAGCGGUUCUGAUAAUAAUAGUCCCGAUGAAAAACAUCGACUAAGAUCGGUUAGGAAGGGCCUGCACAAGAUUGGUUCAGUAUUCCACAGGAGUAAAAAGGAGGAGUCUGUUGCAGAGGACAUUCCAUCUCCACAUGAUAACAUUAGGUCAAUGGAUUCCAAGGGAAUGAUUGGUGUGCAGUUUGUCAUGGAUGAGAACAUUGCUGACUUGUCAACUGUUAAGUUUCAGGUAGAAGGGAGAUCACCUGAAGGGAGUGGUCCUGAGAGCCCUGCCAAGGGACAUGUCAAGGAUAUGGCAAGGAAUAUUUUGAAACAUGCAGAAAAAUCAGCUCGAGGCUUGAAACACGUUCUUUCUGGUAGAUCUAAGAAAUCUAGAGAUGAGUCUCUAGCAGUUCCAGAAAGAGUUAAUGAAUCUGAUUCUUCAGAUGACGAAUCUACCGCAGUUCAGUCUCCCACAGAUGAAAGAACUCAAGUUGGUUCCCAGACUUUGGCCCCAGGAAGCAAUGCCUCCCCAAAUUCUAGGGUGCAUGUGGUUCAGACAGUUAAUGUAAAAGAUGACCCUGGAAAGGCAUACUCCCCUGAAAGGUCCAGUAAUGAGUUUGUUAAAUCUGAUGAAUUUGAGCGUGUUAAAGAGGAAGUUGUGGGCAGAUAA